AACAGGAAUGGCAUACUCACUCUGAGCUGAAGUCGGAGCUCAGACUCUAGGAUGUUCAAAAUAAGGAAACGUUAAAAAAAGCUAGUCUAUGCGCUUGUAUAUGCUGGUUUUGGACUCUAUUCCUUUUAGGAACGGUCGCUACGGUGGUUUCUGUGAAUAGAGUUUGUGUGUUAGAGCGCAGGAGGUUGAUGGCGACAGUUCGGACGGACUUGUUUCUGUUUCGGAUGCCCGUCGCUGUCUAGACCCGUGGCCGCAUGCUACUGUUUUCUGCCAGGAGCGGCUGAUCGACGCACGAACAUUGACAGUCUGCGCCGAAGCUGUGCGCUGACAACAGCCAGGACAGCGACUGUCAACGACUUUAACGUUUUCUCCCACGGAUGUGGACGAGGAAAUGAGAAUAAUUUAAUAUAGUUUGAUUGAGUUUUUUUUUGUGUCACUUCGUCUCUGUGUAAGGGACAUUGCAUGGACAAACCAUGACUUCGGUUUGGAAGAGACUGCAACGCGCAGGCAAAAGAGCCUCGAAGUUUCAGUUCGUCGCGUCCUACCAAGAGCUGGUGGUUGAGUGCACGAAUAAAUGGCAGCCAGACAAACUGAGAGUGGUGUGGACGCGGAGGAACAGACGCAUCUGCUCAAAGCUUCAUGGAUGGCAGCCUGGGAUUCAGAACCCCUACCGGGGGAUGGUGAUGUGGCAGGUUCCGGAAAAUGUGGACAUCACCGUCACCCUCUUUAAGGAUCCUGGUGCUGAAGAAUUUGAAGACAAAGAGUGGACAUUUGUCAUUGAGAAUGAGUCGAAGGGCCGUCGCAAGGUGCUGGCCUCUGUGGACCUGAACAUGAAGAAAUACGCCACGGUCACGCCUUCGACGGUGGACCUGUCUCUGCAGCUCAAACCGCUGUCCGUCAAAGUGGUGCAGGCCUCGCUGAAGCUGUCCCUGACCUGCAUGUUCCUGAAGGAGGGCAAGGCCACCGAUGAGGACAUGCAGAGCCUGGCCAGUCUGAUGAGUCUGAAGCAGAGCGACAUCGGGAAUCUGGACGACUUCAACGACAGCGACGAGGAGGAAGACAGGAAGCUCUGUGCUGCGUCCAGACCACUCACCUCCACCAUAGCGCCCCUCCCUCCAGAGGAAAGGGUGCAUGAUCUGGAGUGGAGACCUGUGAUUGAAUCAAGCCCUCCUGUGAUAGACCCCAGUACAGCUGCCAGUGAGUGCGGGAGAGCUGAUAUUCCUGGCACUGUGUCUAACCCCUCCAUCCAAUCACAACCCCCACUGUCAUUCCCCACCGAACCCUCCGCCCUGCCCCUCCCCGCUGCCCGUCCCUACCGAGGUCAGCAGCAGACACGCCCCUCCCCCUACUCCUACACUGUGCCAGCCUUCACCCGCGCCCACCCGCCUGCACUGCCCAAAAUCUUUCAGCCCCACGCUGGCUCAGUUCCCAUGUCUGCAGCUAGGGGGCCCCCAGGGGCCCACAGCGAUCCCGCUGUAGAUGCCUCCUCUCCUGCUGUGGCCCCUUCGGCCCCUACCUUCUCCCUGCCGAAACAGCUCUCGACCUCCCUAUAUCAGCCUUCCAGCUCCCCCCCCUCCGUUUCCCCUCUGCCUGGAGUUUCGCUCACAGGCUCCUACUCUGCUGCUCGCUCCAGUGCCUGGUGGCCUCAGAGCAUCUUCACUGCUCGCUCCUCCCCCUCUGUCAGCCCCUCCCCUCCUGACUCUGCAGCUGCUUCAGCCCCCUACCAAUCAAAGACCUCGCAGUCUUCCCUCUCUGCGCCAGGCUCCACCCUCACCAGGCCAGCCAGCCUGCCCUCUGCCCCCCCGACAGCUCCCUGGCAGAGUGAAUGGCGGCCCCCUAAAGCUCAGACUCCUCUGUCGCAGGGUCUCUCCCCCUCCUAUUUCAGUGCCUCUCCCCCCGCCUCUGCCUCUGUUUCCCCCGCUGCCAGCCCUGCUGCUGUUUCUACCCCGGUCCCUGCCCCUGUCCCCACCCCCACCCCUGUGUCUUCUCCUGGUUCCACUCCUGUCCCUACCCCUGCUCAUACCUCUGCCUCCAGCCCCUCCCCUUUCUCUAGCUCCUCCCCCGUUCCCAUCCCUGCUCCUGCCUCUGUUCCCGCCCCCACUCCCCUUUCCUCCCUUGGCCCCACCCCUCUCUGUGGAGCUGGUCCAAUCUCUGCCCCUCCCUGCAGUACAGUUCCUGCCCCACCCCUUCUCUCCCAGUCAGAUGCUUACCACGCAGCCCGCCCCUCCGAGUGGAGACCCCAGAGUUUCCCUAGCGCAGUUCCCGCCCCCUCUUUUUGGGGCCCCUCUCCUGCUACCAGCGUGACCCCUGCCCACCCCCUUUCCGGGCCCACCCCAGUCACCCUCGCUGAACAGGCCUCUACUGUGGCUGCUCCUAUCAGUCCACUCCCUCAGAGCGGAUCCCACUCUUCCUCCUGUCCUAACGUGUGGGCUCCCCAAAGCUCCCCUGUGGAUCCCCCCAUCCCUGCAUUUCUCACCCCCUCUCCUGCUCCUGCUGGCCCUCCCCUGCAGUUCCCCCUGGCCUCGGCCCCCCCUCUACCCUCUGACCUUGAGACAGAGCUUCACAGGCAACUGAGCACUCUGCCAGAAGAAGACUACCCCAUCCCUACACCCCAGAGUGUGACAUCAGCAGAGGGGUGGUCACCCUCUGUCACCAUCAGUCGGCCGGAGGACCGCCGCUACCCUCGUCACAUCGGCAGCAUCAGCAUCGCCACCCCUCGUCCACACCCAGCCACAGAGAGCCCCCCAUUGGUCAAACCCCUUCCUACCUUUGAGCCAAGAACCAAUGAGAGGAGGAGGGAGGCGGGAUUGGAGGCUGUGGCUCCCAGAGCAAGCCCCCAAUCUGUGGCUGACCCCUCUGGGUCCGUUCCUCUGUUUCUAGCUGAAGAGCAAGCAGAAGGAAUUGUAGAUAAAGUCACAAGAAUCCCUGAGGUUCCCCAACGCCCCCGUACCCCUCGGCCACAUGUGUUUGAAACUGAGACCCUGACAAGUCCUGCUUUUGAGUCCCCGUCUUGGGGAGAGUUACCAUUGUUGCCUGACAAAGGGACAGCUUCAAACAAGGAGGACAAAGACAAGGGGGAUAAGGUGUUGGAAACGCAGCAGACUAAUGAAGCUGCAAGCCCGAAUAAGGUUCCACUCUUGGCUGCCUUGAUGGAGGAAACUAAGGUGGAAAACCUAACACCUCACUCUGGGUCAGAGGUCACAAAGGCGGAGACAGUUGCCAUAAUGAGACAGGUGGAGAUGUGCACUGGCAUGGUGGAGCCUGUGUGGAAAUACGAGGAAAGGGGACCUGAAAGUAUGGCUACUCUGCUGCCAACUUGCCCAAGAGUAUCAAGUAUCCCUGGGUUCACGUCCAUGGAGGUGUCUAAAAUUGAGGGUGCCAUGGUAGAAGGUUGGCCAGUGGACAAGAGGCCACUUUUGGAAAAGUCACAUAGAAAGAGGCCAAAACUGACCUUACAAUCCUCUCCAGCCUUGGAGAGGUCUCAAAAAGGUGAAGAAAUGCUCAGAAGAAUGGUGGCUCUGGUUCCCACUUGCCCUCGGGUAACAAGCAUCCCUGGCUUUCCAUCUGCACCACAGCCAAAAAAAGCAGAUGUCCAGGUACAGAAACCUCAAAGUAUGGUUAAUAUUCUGCCAUCUUGCCCAAGGGUUUCCAGCGUGCCUGGUUUUGCAUCAACACAGAUGCUUAGUACGGGGGAGCCUGAGGUGAAAGAAUGGCAACCAGAUAAGAACCCACUGUGGAAGAGGUCUGACAAGAAAAGACACAUGCUUUCUCCUCUAACACCUGAGAGAUCACCCAAAGACCUGGAGAUUAGGAAAACAAUGUCUGCUCUUGUGCCAACUUGUCCAAGAGUGGCUCGUGUUCCUGGCUUCCCAUCAGCCCCAUUACCCACAGCAGGACAUACCCAGGCCCAGAAGGUUCUCGAUAUGGUCAGUAUUCUUCCGACUUGCCCAAGAGUUGCUAGCACACCCGGAUUUCCAUCUACACAGAUCCCAAACAUAGAGGACACACAUGUGAAAGAAUGGCGAGUAGAUAGGAGACCACUGUGGAUGAAGGCAGACAGGAAGAGACAUUUGCUUUCUUGUACAGGCCUUGAAAGAUCAUACAAAAACGAAGAAGUUAUGAAAAGUAUGACAGCUCUGUUGCCAUCUUGCCCUCGAGCAGCUAGAAUCCCUGGAUUUCCAUCUGCACCACUGUCCAAAGGAGCGGAUGUCCAGGCACAGAAGGCUCAUAAUAUGGUAAAUAUUGUUUCAUCUUGCCCAAGAGUUGCUAGUGCACCUGGAUUCCCAUCUACGCAAAUUCGAGCCAUAGGUGAUACUUAUGUGGAAGACUUGCAAAUGGCUAAGAAACCAUUGUGGGAGAAACCUAUGAAGAAGGGACUAACGCUAUCUUCUGUAAGCCUUGAGACACUGCAAAAAGACAAUGAAAUGCUGAAAAGCAUGGUGGCGCUGGUUCGGUCAUGCCCCCAAGAGGCCAGGAUCCCUGGCUUUCCGUCCGCACCACAGCCCAAAAAAGCAGAUGUCCAUGUAGAGAAGGCUCAAAGUAUGGUUAAUAUUCUGCCAUCCUGCCCAAGAGUUGCCAGCGUGCCUGGGUUUGCAUCAACACAGACACUCAGUACUGGAGAGGCCCAGGUAGAAGACUGGCAAGUAGAUAACAAACCAUUGUGGGAGAAGCCUGAGAAAAAGAGACACAUGCUUUCUUCUCUAACACCUGACAGAUCACUCAAAGAUAACGAAAUGUUGAAAACUAUGUCUGCUUUGGUGCCAUCAUGCCCUCAGGUGGCCAGGAUCCCAGGUUUUCCAUCUGCACCACGACCCAAAGCAACAGAUGUCCAGGAGAAAAGGGCUCAGAGUAUAGUUAAUAUUCUGCCAUCUUGUCCAAGAAUUGCCAGUGUUCCUGGAUUUCCAUCCCUGAAUUUACCAAGUAAAGAGACUGAGGCAGAAAAAUGGCAGGUGCAUGGGAAGCCAUUUUGGGAGAAGCCUGAGAAGGAGAAGCAAGGGCUGAUCCUAGUUCUUUGUCCAUCCUUAGCUAGAUUAACUGAAAGCAAAAAGAUGAUUAAACAUAUGGCACAUCUGGCGCCAUCCUGCCCAUGUGUAGCCAGUAUUCCUGGUUUCCCGUCUGCACCACGACCAAAGGCUGUGGAUGUCCAAGUGGAGAAUGUGCACAGUAUGGUGAAUUUUCGGCCAACUUGCUCAAGAUUUGCUAGUGUGCCUGGGUUCCCUUCCAUACAUCCGCUCUACACUGAAGACGCCCUGGUAGAAAAGUGGUCAGUGGACAAGAGGCCAUUUUGGGAGAAGCCUGAGAAGGAGAGGCAAGUGCUUCCCUCUACAACUCAAGAGAUGUCACACAAAGACAAAGACUUGCUGGAAAAUAUGUGGGCUCUAGUACCAUCAUGCCCAAGAGAGGCUAUUAUGCCUGGCUUCCCAUCCGCUCCUCUACCUAAACCCAUCAGUCACUAUGAAAGUAUGGUGAAUCUCUUGCCGUCUUGCUCAAGGGUUGCGAGCGUCCCUGGGUUCCCCUCCACAAACGCCCGUAACACUGAGGAGGCUUCAUUGGAAGAGUGGAUAGUAGACCAGGAGCCGCUGUGGCAGAAGAGGCAGAAGGAGAGGCUAGCACUUGUCCCAUCUCUGAACCAAGCCUAUUACGACAGUGACAUUAUUAAAGAUAUGUCAUCUCUGGUGCCAUCCUGCCCAUGUGUAGCCAGAAUCCCUGGUUUCCCCUCUGUACCACAACACAGAGUGGCUAGCAUAGAAGUGCAACAGACUAUGGCCUCUCUGUUGUCAUCAUGUCCAAGAGUUAGCAGAAUAGCAGGCAUUCCUUCUAUACAACAGAUGAAAUCAGAGGAGAUAAAAGUAGAGGAAUGGAAACUGCACAACAAGCCAAUAGCAGAGAAAUCAUCAAAGAAACUGCCCACCAAGAUCUUACUAUCAGGCAUGGAGAGAUCAGAUGAAUAUGAUGAAAUUCUGAAAAGUAUGAUGGCUCUGGCACCAUCUUGCCCAAGAGAAGCCAGCAUGCCAGGCUUUCCUUCUAGACCUCUGAGCGAUAUGGAGAGGGAGAGUGUGGCCAUGGUAUCACCAGAUGAAGGUUCCCUCAAUAGGGGAUUCACCAACCGGCCCACAGCAGGAGUCCAGCAGGUGGGUGGAACUGCAAAAGACGUGGACCUAUUUGACAUUCCUCCAGAGUUUCUCAGCAGUUUCAAAAUUGAGCCAUUCACUCAGGCUCAGAGUUCCUACCACGAAGCAAGCCCACUGUGUACGUGGGCUGGAUCUGAUCAGGAGAGAGGUGACGGUCUGCAGUCUUCCCCCUUCACUGCUGGUCCCACUCAAGCAGAGACUCAGUGGUUUGUUCCAGAAGAAAGAGCCAGUGAACAGGCAUCAGAACUAACCUCAGAAUGGGAGGUGGUGGAGGUGGAGAGCUUUGAAGCUGAGGAGGAGGAGGAGGAGGAGAAGCAGAAGGAGGAAGAGGAAGUGGCUUCUGUUGGCAUAAUGGGGGCAAUAGUGGGGGUUUUUCACAGAGGCUAUGAGACGGUGGCCUCGAUGUUACAGUCUUCUGGCCCAGAUAAUGGCACAGACAAUCCUAAAGACACCACCUUGGGAGAGCUAAAGGUCAGCCAAUCACCUCUGUCCCCUGAACCUGAAAUUCCAACAUCUGAAAACCCUGGUGGCCCUCCUGAGGAGUCUCCUACACUUAGCCAGGAGCCGUCUGGGGCAGAACCAACUCAGCAUGGUGAGGGUGUCGGUGAAGAUGAAAUGGAGCUCUCUGCAACUGCCGAGCCUUACAUGAGGAGCCUACUGAGAGGUGAAAGGAGACAGGAGGAAGAUUAUUCCCCACCUCCAUCCCCAGACCAAGAAAAGGAAGGUGGAUUUGCUGAGGGUGGAACCCAGGGCUGUAUGAAAAAAUGGCCACCGCUGACUGCAGCAGACCUCGAUGAAAUAUCAGAGGAUGAAUGCAGGGACACAGACGAUGAGGAGGCCCCUCUCAUUUUUGACCGCCGCUUUCAGAAAGAGAAAGAAACCAGAGACGGGGAGGAGUCAGAUUCCAUGGCAGGAUCGAGGGAUUCCACAGUGGAUAUUGAUUUUAGGAUGGGUGAGGAGGAAACAGUAAUAUCAGCAUCAUCUCACCUGGACAUGGGCCCUGGGGCUUUAACUGCCGAGACACAGCUAUCAAAUCCACAGAAUGUCAGCACCCAGGUGGAUGAGAAAGCUCCAGAACAUGGUGAACUUCAACAACAGGAAACGCCAUCAGAUAGUGCCAAUUUGACAGCCCCAGAAGCUACCAUAAUUGUCCCACCCCGGCGCAGCAAGUACAAAAAUGUCCCUCCAGCUGUAGUGUCAGAAGCUGUGAGUCAGGAGGAGAAAGAACCAGUCCCACCCCAGCGUACCAAAAAGAAGAACGACCUUCCUGAGACAUCCCCCCGAGAAGCUGCAGCAGAUGACACAAACCAGGAAUCAGUCCCUGCUCUGGAUUCUAAAAAACUGGUUCCACCUCGGCGUAGUAAGAAGAUUAGUGCUUCCACUGAGGGACCAUUUGAAGCCAGGGAUACUGUGAAUGAGGGUGUCUCUGAGAUGUUGAAUAAGGAUAGCAAGGAGCCCCUGUCUCAAGCACCGUCACUUGAGGCUUGUAGUUCUGGCCAGGAGCUUUCAGCUGAUGACCUAAAGCCCUCUGCCGAGGAAAGUGUGCCUUUGGUGAAGAUGCGAAAAGCGAAACAGGAGCCCUCUGGUGUGCCAGUUCCAAUGCCACGAGUGAAGAAACGCCUGAGCGGUUGCUUCAUAGGUGAUACCCCGCCCCAAAGCAGCCCCCCGGCUUCUCCGUCAGGUGUCUCUGAGACUCACCUGUGGCCCCACCAGGACGACACACAACCUCCCUCUCAGGAGUCGGUCCCCACUCCAAAACCGCAAGAACUGGUACCACCUCGACGCAGCAAGAAGAAAGUGCCCCAACAGGAUGCCACUGCAGACAGCAUGAGCCAGUCUGUCGAUCACGUCCCAGCCGCCAAUGUAGUGGUUCCACCACGACGCAGUAAGAAGGGCAAGCUUAGUCCAGAGGAGCUGUCCAAAGUUGGGGACACUGCAGAUGUGGGUGCCGCUGAAGGGAAGCUGGAGAUGGAUGAGCAGCAGAGAACUUCUGUUGAGCUCCAGACAGAAGGGGAGGGGACAGAGGAGGAUGCCACCGCAAAGAGCAUGGAGGUAAAGAUGCGGCAGCCCAGACAGGAGCCGCCAGUCCCCAUGCCUCGUGUGAAGAAACGGCUUAGCGCCUCAUUCCAAGACGACACCCCGACUAUAUGUCCACCUCCACCAUCCCCAGCAGGUGACAUUGAUACUAAACCGCCCUUACAACCUGGCAAUGAACAAUCUGCUAACCAGGCAGUGGUCCAUUUCCUAGCUGCUAAUGAAGGUUUGACUUUGUCUGACUAUGCCGUUGAAUUGGGAGUCCAGGAGAAGGGUCUGGAGGAAGCUGGUGGCCAGCUCCCUCCUCCCGCGGUCAUGCCUUCAUCUCUGAAGUAUGAAAGUAAAUCAGUGACUGCCUCGGAGAUUAAUCAGGGUGAGACUCAAGUCACUCAAGACAGUCUGACAUUGUCAGACUCAGCCACGGAUGUGGGAGAAAAUUUGAGCUGCCCCGAGGCAGGCAGUGAAGGCUCUCCAUUGCCGGUUGCAGCUGCUGGUGUGGAAGUUAGUGACCAGCAGUGGGGACCCACUGUCCUGCCUCAAGACCAGGGUGCGAGCCUGUCGGUCUCUGUCACAGAGGGAAGGGCCGGUGAGGAGCAGGAGUCGGAGACAGUUGCAGAAGCAGAUGUUGUGGGAGAGGAGGUGGAUUUGGAAGGAUGGGAGGAAGUGGUUCUGGGUACAUCACCUGGUGCUUCGGGUGAGGAAGGCCAGCAGGUGGCGCAGGGGUCCCCAGACGUGCCUGUCCCUAUGCCCCGUGUGAAGAAACGCUUGAGCGCCUCAUUCCCAGAUGAAACCCCACCACCAGCCACAGCGCCAAGCCCUGUGUCCACCCCUGACCUGGUCAGUUCCUCUCAGUCUUUGCUGGAGUGGUGUCAAGAGGUCACAAAAGAUCACAAGGGGGUAAAAAUAACAAAUUUUACCACCUCCUGGCGCAACGGUCUGGCCUUCUGUGCCAUUCUGCACCACUUCUGCCCCGACAAGGUAAACUAUGAAAUGCUGGACCCAUACAACAUCAAGUUCAACAACAAGAAGGCCUUCGACGGCUUCGCCGAGCUGGGCAUCUCCCGGCUGCUGGAGCCGUCUGACAUGGUGCUGCUGAAGGUGCCGGACCGGCUGAUCGUGAUGACCUACCUGAACCAGAUCCGCACCCAUUUCACCGGGCAGCAGCUGAGUGUGCUGCAGAUCGAGCAGAACAGUAGCCAGUCCAGCUACGCCGUCGGGGAGCCCCGGGAGAGUGCUGACGCCGACGCCGUCCAGUACUGCGCCCAGAGGCUGCAGGCGGGGGGCAUCUCCCUGGAGACCAACGGUAGACUGGCGGAGAGGGAACCGGAGGGCGACGCCAAGUCCAACGGGGACCUGGUGCCGCCCCCUCGAACCAAACGGGUACAGAGAGCGCAGGACGGCGCGAGCGGGGUGGCGAGCCAGCCAGGAGGGCCGGGAGAAGGACCGACCCCUGUCGCCCCGCCCAGGACCCACUCCUCCACCGGCAAAUCCAUCUUCGCCCGCGUGAAGGACGCCGACCUGGUGAAGAAGCGACGGUCGAAACUGAAGGGCGAGUCUAUGGAGGAAGCGGAAACGCCUGAGCAGCAGAGCGCCCCCCAGAGUAGCACAGAGGCUGCUUUGGGACAAAUGGAUAGUGGGGCAAAUGAUGAGUCAGCAGCCACAAGAGAAGGCCAGGAGUCAGGCAAGGAGGAAGCCACUGUCCCCGGAGAGGAGGGCAUGCAACCAGAGGAAGAGAACCAGGACACCAGCCAGUAUGUGCUGAAUGAGAUGCAAGCCCUGGAGAACGAGCAAAGGCAAAUCGACAGCAGAGCAGAUGUGGUGGAGAGAACCCUCAGACAUCUGAUGGAGACAGGAAGUGACCGGGUGGAGGAGGAGAGGCUAAUCCAGGAGUGGUUCACUCUGGUCAACAAGAAGAACGCCCUCAUCAGGAGACAGGACCACCUGCAGCUGCUGCAGGAAGAGAAGGACCUGGAGAGGAGGUUCGAGUUGUUGACCCGAGAGCUGCGAGCCAUGAUGGCUGUGGAAGACUGGAAGAAGACCCAGGCCCACCAGCACAGGGAGCAGCUCCUGCUGCAGGAGCUGGUGUCACUGGUCAACCAGAGAGACGAGCUGGUGCGGGACAUGGACGCCAAGGAGAGAGGGGCCCUGGAGGAAGACGAGAGGCUGGAGCAGGGUCUGGAGCAGAGACGCAAGAAAUACAGCCGCAAAGAGAAGUGUUCACUGCAGUGAGGGGAAGAGACCAUGCACACUGACACACACACACACGCUCACACACAUGCACACACACACACGUUCACACACACACAUG